GAGCCUUGUCUUGUCUACCUUUUUCUAUCGAUCUUCAAAAGUCAAACCAUAACAAAUACAAUCAUAUACCUCGAAACAUGGCCGCAGAACAGAGAAAGCUUCUUGAGCAGCUCAUGGGCGCUGGAGCAUCCUCUCGCGCAGCACAGCUUUCAAUUACAGAUCCAAAGAUUUGCCGUUCUUUUCUCGUCGGUACUUGUCCUCACGAUCUCUUCACAAAUACGAAACAAGAUUUAGGACCAUGUCCAAAGAUCCAUUCAGAGCCAUUAAAGACGGAGUUCGAAACUGCAGCACCUCCUCAAAAACAGAAAUGGGGUUUUGAAUACGAUUACAUGCGUGACUUACAGAAAUACAUUGAUGAAUGUAAUAGAAGGAUAGAUGUCGCACAGCGACGCUUGGAGAAAACACCCGAUGAAAUUCGACAAACAAACGCCCUUCUUAAACAAAUAUCUGAUCUAUCGAAAUCCAUCGAGUCUGGUCUAUUAGAAAUUCAGAUUUUAGGAGAACAAGCGGAGGUAUCGCGCGCUUAUGAAGAGUUCUUCCGUAUAAGACAGGCUAUGCAGACAAAGGCAGAGAAAGAAAAGGAGCUCAAGGCAUUAUCAGAUACCAGCGGACCUUCAGGUCAUCAAAAAUUACAAGUUUGUGAUGUCUGCGGAGCUUAUUUGAGUCGGUUGGAUAAUGAUCGAAGACUGGCGGACCAUUUUUACGGAAAAAUGCAUCUAGGUUAUGCGCAAAUGAGGAAGACAUAUGAUGCAUUCCCGAAGGAAAUGAAGAGAUCAAGACCUGGUGCUGAUGACAUGGAUCAUAAUUCGGCGCCGAGAGGGUAUGAUGGUGGUUAUGGUGAUGGUGGAUAUGGCGGCAGAGGGGGUGGAUAUGGAGGCCGCGGUGGAGGAAGAGGUGGCUUUAGAGGCAGGGGAAGAGGAUUUAGAGGUGGAUGGUAAUGAGAAAAUAUCGAGGCGUUCACGGGCUUAUCCUCACGGCGUUUUGGGUCAGCGGAUAUACAAUGUACAACCAUCCAUAAUCAAUGGGGUUCGUUUCUGGACUUUUUCUACCCUACGAGUCAGCCUACCAGAACCUAGUUACUCGAGAUACUUCUUCGGCUCACAUGCAAACGCGCAAUUAAGAUCCCUUUUUUCCCUUCAUUUUUCCAACAAUCAGAAAUCCAACUCAAACAUAUGACCUCGAUUUAAGAAAUGCCAUAUCGAAGGUUUCCGUGAGGAUCUACUGGCUAGCUCGUUCAUUGAAGAUGGAACUGUGGUGGCUUUUGCUAGUGCAAAAUGCUUCCUUUCUUCCCUGCUACA